AUGGCGCUGCCAACAAAUCCUAGCACGGUUGAUCUGGGCCUGGGCACGUGGAGCCCUAGCUCCCAGGAGGAGAGCUCCACGGCUCAGGGCACCCCCAGGGGUGCUGAGAAGCAGCUGCCCGAGUACAAGGCGGUGGUGGUGGGCGCGAGUGGCGUGGGCAAGAGUGCGCUGACCAUCCAGCUGAACCACCAGUGCUUCGUAGAAGACCACGACCCCACGAUCCAGGAUUCCUACUGGAAGGAGGUGGCCCUCGGCCAUGGAGGCUGCAUUCUGAAUGUGCUGGACACGGCAGGGCAGGCCACUCAUAGGGCCCUGCGUGACCAGUGCCUGGCUAUUGGGGAUGGUGUGCUGGGGGUCUUUGCCCUCGAUGACCCUUCGUCUCUGGCCCAGCUGCAGCAGAUAUGGGCCACCUGGGGCCCUCGCCACACCCAGCCCCUCGUCCUUGUGGGCAACAAGUGUGACCUCGUCACCAGCACCGGAGAUGCUCACGCCGCCGCUGUAGCCCUCGCGAAGAGCUGGGGGGCCCCCUUUGUGGAGACCUCAGCCAAGACACGGCAAGGUGUAGAGGAGGCCUUUUCCCUGCUCAUCCAUGAGAUCCAAAGGGUCCGGGAGGCCAUGGCAAAGGAGGCCGCGGCCCGGCCCCGGGGGGGUAAGGGCCGGCACCGGAAGGCCACUUGCCGCUGUGGCUGCAGCGUGGCCUGA